AAUACCUAAUUGUGUCCAGCUUACCCUAAUGAAGUUGAUGAAGAAAUACAACAGACCUGAAUUUUGCAUUUUAGGUACUUUAUGGUCUAAGACACAUUGGGAACUUACAUCUGUUCUCUCUCAUGCAUAUGCACGCACGUGCAUGCACACACACACACACACACACACACAUACUCAAAUGAAUAAACAUUCCAGCCCUUUCAUCAUAAGAGGCAAGUCCAGAAAAUAGAAUGAUUUCUGAACAAGUAUGUCCCAGUGAAUAACAUCUUCAAAGGAGAAACCGUGAGACAGCCUACUUAUUAAACUGAUGAUUACAGUCUGUAACUCAUUUAUGUGAAAGGUUCUUUAAACAAGCCCUGGACAUGUAACUUAUUGGGAAGCCAAAUUAUUGUCAUAAAGUUGCUUAGUGCACAUGAAUUGGAACCUGAGGAGGUAGGUACUAUUUAAAUGACAUUAUAAAUGACAUGGAGAUUUAGCCUGUUGUGGCCAUCUCCUCUCUAGGGGACUAAGAUAGGCCAAGGCAGCCUCUCCCCAGAUGAUGCUGGGCUAGACUGGGUUCUGCCAACUUCUGCUUCGGAGUUUUCCUUGUCUUGCCAUUGGUUCCUGUAGCCCUGCUCUCCUGAGCAUAAGCAUUGUGUCACAGAGCUCACAUACAUAUUUGUAGCUAUUCUUCAAGUAUGCAAAGAUGUCAUUGCGAUAACUAAAACCCAGAUUCAUGCAACAUACAUUCAUCACUUAAUAGUAGAUCAUUAUCAUGCAUCUUUUGGGACAAAGAUUCUAGGUAAAAGGGUUAGGGUUCCAUGAUUUAUUUUUCGGUAUUUAAAGCGGUUGAUCUACCUUCUCAGAAGUGAUCACUGUCCCAGGAUGAUCAUCUACUUCUGUUGUGAUAUUCCACUAAACAGGUUAAGAUACAAUUGAUUAGAUUUCUGUUAAUCACAUUUCAGGUCUUACACCACCUUAAUUGAUGUUGGAGUGUUUCCAGUUUGUUGUUUCCUGAUUUAAGACCACAGAUGGUUAAUUACAUCUACUACACAUUUGACAGGUUACUAAAGGUAAUCUUAACUCCCUUCAUUUGAAGCUCUUGGGAAUCUUUAAAGCAAAGGAAAUGAGAUUAAUUAGGUUUCUAGAAGAAGGAACAGGUUUGAGGUGGAACUUAGGUUUCUAGAAGAAGGAACAGGUUUUGAGGUGGAACUUAGGUUUCUAGAAGAAGGAAUAGGUUUUGAGGUGGAACUUAGGUUUCUAGAAGAAGGAACAGGUUUGAGGUGGAACUUAGGUUUCUAGAAGAAGGAACAGGUUUGAGGUGGAACUUAGGUUUCUGGAAGAAGGAAUAGGUUUUGAGGUGGAACUUAGCAGAAUUUCACAGAGAAAGUGCUUUAGGAGAGGAAGAAACGGGUAAAGCCCUUAUGUCGGGAAUGAUAACCUCACAGAGUAGCCCCUCGGAUGUAUGAGGCUAAGAUGAGGCCAAUUCAAUCCAUGCUGAGAAGGAUUUUAAAUGCCAAACUGAGGCAUUGGAACUUUCCUUCUUGGGCAUCAGGGAGCCAUCGAAGGUUCUCAGCAGGUGAGAAGCAUGACCAGAUUGGCCAACGGAAGGAUGAUCAGCAUUAUAAUUUCUCCGGCGCUCUCUUCCGACCUCUGCCCGCACCUCAGGUCGGCUUCAAGACUGAAGUUGCCGCGUCCGGCCAGGCGCCGCCGGGGUCCCAUGGAGCUGGAGGGGCAGUGGUGGCGGGGACAGCUGGCUGCCGAUAUCCAUCAAGCUCUUCGGUACAAGGAGCUGAAGUUGCCUUCCUACAAAGGCCAGUCCCCUCAACUAAGUCUCAGAAGGUAUUUUGCUGACCUGAUUGCCAUUGUGAGCAAUCGUUUCACACUAUGCCCUUCUGCCCGACAUCUUGCCGUCUAUUUGCUGGACCUGUUUAUGGAUCGGUAUGACAUCUCUAUCCAGCAGCUGCAUUUAGUUGCACUUUCCUGUCUGCUUCUAGCAAGUAAAUUUGAAGAAAAAGAAGAUAGUGUGCCUAAGCUGGAGCAGCUCAACAGCCUGGGCUGUAUGACUAAUAUGAAUCUAGUAUUAACAAAACAAAAUUUGCUGCAUAUGGAACUAUUAUUACUAGAAACCUUUCAGUGGAACCUCUGCCUUCCAACAGCUGCCCAUUUCAUUGAGUAUUAUCUCUCCGAAGCAGUACAUGAAACAGAUCUCCAUGAUGGCUGGCCAAUGAUUUGCUUGGAAAAAACUAAACUCUACAUGGCCAAGUAUGCAGAUUACUUCCUGGAAGUAUCUUUGCAAGUAGCUGCAGCUUGUGUGGCUUCUUCAAGGAUUAUACUUCGUCUUUCUCCAACAUGGCCUACAAGACUGCAUCGUCUUACUGCUUACUCCUGGGAUUUCUUAGUGCAGUGCAUUGAACGGCUAUUGAUCGCUCAUGAUAAUGAUGUGAAAGAAGCAAACAAACAGAGAGGACAGGCAGGACCUCAGCCAGCACAACUAAGUGUAUUCCAGACAGCCUCCCAGCCCUCUCGGGCAGUUCACUUUCAGCAACCUCAGUAUCUCCAUCAGACUCAUCAGACCUCACUGCAGUAUCGCCAUCCUGUAUCAGAACAACCAAGCUGUCAGCAGAUUGUAUCUACCACACACACCUCAUCUUACACACUACAGACAUGUCCUGCUGGCUUUCAAACUAGUGUUCAGGGCCUUGGGCACGUGCAGACUGGUGUUGGGAUGUCACUGGCAAUACCAGUAGAAGUUAAGCCCUGUCUGAAUGUUUCUUAUAACCGGAGUUAUCAGAUAAAUGAACAUUACCCUUGCAUUACUCCAUGCUUUGAAAGGUGAUUUUGUCUAUGGCCAUACCACCCUGAAUACGCCUGAUCUCGUCUGAAAGGUAAUUUUAUGAGAAGGUAAGACCUGACCGAGACUGUUUGUGACUUCAAAUUCCGGGGCAAACUUUUUGUAAACUUCUCUUCAAAAGGAAAGGGAUCCAAAUUGCAUCAGAACUCUUCAGAUACCAGCACCAGGAAGACUGUCCCUUCCAACACACCAUGAAUAUCUAGGAGGACUAAGCUAACACUGCAAACACUUCAACAGUGUGUAUGUCAAAUCCUGUUAAAUCCCUAUCUGACACAAAUUUUAAAGCCUCAACUGACGGUCCAAAUAUUUCAGAAAUAUUCAAUGCAACAGAAAAUUUGGACAGACUCCAAUUUGCUGUUUCAAGAUUUGAUCUGUGGUAGACUCUGGGCCUAAUGCUGGCUUAUAUGUCAGAGACUAGUGUUUAUCUGUGGACUUGCCAAACAGUCUUUUUAUGAAGGAAAGUUACAGUAUUAAUUUUUGAAGAGAUCCUCUUUUUUUAUUCUGCAGUUUUGAGUUAUAUUUUUGAUCUACAAAUGAAUUUUUGAUUAAGUUUAAAGUCAUGAAUUGUGCUAUACCAGUCUGUGCAGUUAAAAAAAAAUUUUUUUUUAGAUAUUCUCUAUAAUGUACUAUAACAGUUAGUAUAGGUAUCUGGAUUUAUGUAUUAAAAUUAAGGGUGGAGUAGAUCUCUUAAAAUCAUGGUCAUAAAUAUUUGUUGUUUUUUCCCUAAGCAGUCAACCUCAAAUCUUUAGAAUUAAAACACAUUUAACUCAGGGAAUUUGUACUACUUGGAAACACAACUGUAAUGCAACAUGCUUUGGGAAUGUUAUAGUCUGAACUACCUUAACAACAGGUUAAAAUACUCCUGCUAGAAUGUGUUUUCAAAGGAGAACAUAAUUGUAGCCUAAAAUGAAUGAAGUGGUGGUUCCUAUCAUUCAUAAUACAUACAUAGAUUUUGCAUUUCUCAGUGCAAUCAGUGGCUUAUACUCAGACUUGAUAUUACUCUAAAGUUUUUUUCAAGGGAAGACAUAACCAUAAAAUGUCAGUACUAGAAUAAAGUCCUGUAAGUUUAUUUUGAAGUGGAACGUGGCCAGGGUAGUUCUCAGGUUGUGCUAGAGCAGCACUUUGUUACAUGGAAGAUAGGUUUUAGAGGCAACCUUUGAAUCCAACUAGUCGUUGUAAGCAGGCAAAGGUGACUUCAUUAGAUUGGCCCCAGAACUACCCUGGGAUACUUCACUGUACUGGUAAUGAGUGAAAAAAGCAAUAAGUUGUUACAGCAAGGGCAAUUUUGGGGUAAAGAGUUUGGAGGGAAUAAACUGAAAAAGUAAAAAACAAAAAAAAAUCAUUGUAAUAACUGAAACUGUAUACAUUGUGCUCUUAUCUGUGGGAGAAGAGAGGUUUUGGUGGAGGGAAGCUUUCUGAUUUAAAAAAUUAGUAAGGUGUGUCUUUUUGUUUGUGUUUUUUUAAAGAUAGCACUUGAAUAGAAGGGAAACUGCCUGGCAGGUAUGUGACUGCCACAAUAUGCAUUGAAGACAAACUUCUUAUAAAGAUGUUGUGGGUAUGCAGCAGGAGUGUCAGUUAUCAAGCCAAUGGCUUUUAUUAGGAAGGGAAGGGAUUCAGUGUAGUGAUGGAUGGAUCCAGAUGGCUCCAGUAGACGGAUGUGGGUGGGUGGCUUCUGCCAGCAUGAAUUCUUAGAGGAUCUCCUUUCCUUAAAAGAAAGGUUACUUUUAUAAUUAGAGUACAUAGGGCAUGAUGUGGAUUUAUUAGCCUGGUAGAUAAAAUGCAAAACCACUCAGGUAAGAACACUCACAGUAGUUUUCAAGCAUGAAAAAUGUUUUCUGCAAGUAUCAUCACUUUCUCUAUAGAAGGCUGCUAAUUAGAUUUUGGUAGUUCUUACCUCAAGAGAACUUGAAUUAUUUGGGGGAAAGUGGGUUCAAAAGAGAAUAUAUCUUUCACAUUCACAUUCAGAACUUAGCAACCUGGAGUCAAAUUUUCAGUAUUUUAACUACCUCAAUAAUACUAUGAAUGUAAGAUAUUGGGAUAGAGAUCCCAACUUGAAACAACAACUGGUGCCUAUGGUAAUUUAAUGUCUUGUCAAAUGCUUUUACUGACUGGUUUAAAUGUCAUUCUUGUUAUAGAAGAAUAUGCCUUUUAAAAAGCUUAUAAUAACACUUUCCCAGUUUAUAUUUAAAAAAGCUAAAGAACACUGGAUUAAUUUUUUUUGGGGGGGUAGAAUAAAAUAAAUAAUUGGUUCCUAUUGCUGCAUACCCAGAGUGGGAUGGGAUGGGGUGGUUGGAGAACCAGAACUAUUUUUAAAACAUUAGGUUUCAAUAUAAACACAACUCACAACUGCUAGCUUUGGGGGAAGGGUGGGGGGAGUUGUGUGGGUUUUGUUUUGUUUAAUUUAUUGAUUAGUCUUUAAGGUAGGUUUUUGUUUUUGUUUUUUGAGAUUACCGGACCAUCAUUAAAUGUGUACUGUGAAGAAAUUAAUGGUAUGUGUAACGGGCUUUACCAAAGUCCAUUAAACACUACUCAAGUACAGACUGCAAACCAAAAUGUAUCUGUGUUAAGACAUUAAUUGCAAAUAGCGAGUAUGGUGCUAAAGUCUACACCAAUGGAGUUAGAUGAGUGCUAUGCACUUAAUUUUAAAAUAAAACUAGUUUUCAGUAAAA